AUGUCUGUGACAGGAAACACAUCCAGACCUUCUGUGAAAAGUUUGCUGGGCACUGAGGUUCCUCGUCUCCAUCUGUGGGCGGCAAGUUGUUACACUAACAACUGUCCCCCCGGCUGGCAAGUGGAAUAUUUAACCAGACCUCUCCGCUCUCCACCCGCUAUUGUCAGGGAAAUCAAGAAAGAUACGGUUAUCACUAAAGGUCUUAGUAUCAAGAAAUACAGUGAGCGAGGUGUGCCCGACCACACAGACGGCCCGCCAGUCACACGAGUGCGUCACGGUGAGGGUCACUCAGGUGACUUGCCAGGUAACUGUGUGACGUGCGGUCGUGAGGUGGCCAGCUUCCUACACAGUCUCCGUGUUGGUGUUACAGAGAAUAAUGAGUCGACAACAGUAAACACCGUCACUUCAACAACUGGCGGCACAACACCCUGUCUACAGUGGAGAGACGUGCUGGUGUUGAACUGGGAUUACUUUAGUGACAGCCCAGGUAUUGUCACAGGACUACAACAAGCGGGUAUCCCAGUGCGGGUGAUGAAUGAUGAUGACAUCGAGGACUUGGCCACGGCCCGCAGUGACGUGGUGUGGGUGGCGGGUGGAGAGUGUGUUCGUGGUCUGGAGAGAAAAGUUGUCGUGUGUGUUCAGUACGAUAUUCGGUCCCUGUUUGGUGACGUCACAAGAUCUCUGUCUUCAAGACUUAACGCUCGUUCUAGAUCUGCCAGUUUCCACGCCAUAUCCCGGUGUACAUCACAACUCGUGAUUGUGUGGUAGCCACUCGCAACCUGAACAUGCUUCACACUCCCUUACCUGUCACCUGUUGCAGUCUGAUUUCUGUCUCCAUUACAUCAAAAACAUCUAUAACCACUUGUAACAUUGCGACAUUUCGUUGCAGUCUGCAAUGCCAACGUAUUUUUUUAAUAUACAGUGAUACCUCGGUUCUCGAACGCCUUGGUUUUCGACCAAAUCGGUAUUCGACCAGGAAAUUCGAGAAAAUUUGU